AUGGAAAAGUUCGAGUAUGGAGCAUACCAGAUAGGCAGGUUGUCGACUGGACUGGCCUUCAUGAAAUUGUUACUUCAGCUUGCUACACUCCUCACGGUAAGGCAUGUUGUCGACUGGACUGACCUUCAUGAAAUGGUUACUGCACUUUGCUACACACUUGAUGGUAAGGAAUUCGGAAUACCAGCAAUCAAAUUCUGCUUCGUUCAGUUCAGAUGGAAAAUAUGUCAUAAGUACAAGCGAAGACUCUCUGCUUUAUAUCUGAAAGGCAGAAGUCAGAUAACGGUCCUAGCUCACGAAAAUUUCCACUGCAAAGAUGUUUCAGUUGCAAUUCUAUGGAAUGCCUGCACAAAAAUUGAUCCCACCGAUUGUAUAACUACUAUUCAAAAGGCAUCAUUCGAAACGCUCCACAGGCACUGGAGCACCGAGCACUGGCUGGAAGGAGUGACUAGUGAGGAGGACGGGGUGAAGCUUGGAAGAUGGAACGGUGCGGGCGCGAGCGCGGGCUCGAAGAGUGGUGCCGUGACUGUCGAGCUCGAGCCCGUGGGAGUCACUGGCGGAACUGGGGGUCAAGGGGGUGGCCUGGGAGAGAGGCUGCUGGCUUAG